AAGAACCAUUAGAUGCCAUUUGUUCUGCAUCAGUUGUUUAUCUGACAAUGGUCGAUAAUACUUUAAGCGAAUAUGAAGAUGUUAGAGAAUUGGCAGAUCGUGCAGUUAAAAAAGCAUUAGAAGGAAUAAGUAAUUCUGAUAGAAGAGAUAGAGUAUCAAUGAUUCUACUACAG